GUGAGCAACAGGAGAUUGAGAAACUCCUGUGAUUGCUGCACCCAGCUGAAGUUGAAAUGCGAUCAACAGAAGCCUUCAUGCAACCGCUGUAUACAACGCAGACGAGAAUGUGUAUACAGUCAGGUUCGAAAGGCGGGGAGGCCUCCCAAA